GAGGGAUAUAUCGGGUGGGUCCAGCGCCAAGAGCCGGGUACGACUCUGUCCUUUCAGAAAAAUUAACGGACAGCUUGGGCGGUUGAGUGCCUGAGGCCACCGACCAAAAACCAAAAAGUCACACAAAAGGGAAUUAAAACAAGUGAAAAUGUCCUCAAAUAAAGAUGAUGGCGGAUGGAAGAGCUUUCUCUGGAAUUCUGAAAAGAAGGAAUUUUUAGGACGUACUGGCGGCAGUUGGUUUAAAAUCUUCAUCUUCUAUGUGAUCUUCUAUGGCUGUUUGGCUGGGCUAUUUGUUGGCACUAUCCAGGCUUUGCUCAUGACCCUUAGCGACUACAAGCCUACGUACCAGGACAGAGUUGCACCUCCCGGCUUAACACACGUCCCACGCUCUGAAAAAGGUGAAAUUUCUUACAGCACAUCAGAUGAGGACACUUACAGGCCCUAUACAAAAGCCAUGCAAGCAUUUCUGGAGGCAUACAAAGAUGACAAGCAGCAGAAUGAUAUAACCUUCGAAGACUGUGGAGAUGCUCCUGAAGGAUACCAAAACCGUGGGGAGUUAGAGGACGAUAUGGGUGUGAGGAAGGCCUGUCGCUUCAAGAGGAACUGGCUGGGGCCCUGCUCAGGCUUGGAAGACACAACCUAUGGCUUUAAAGAUGGCAAACCCUGUCUUAUUGUCAAGCUCAACAGGAUUGUCAACUUCAGGCCCAGGCCUCCCAAAUCCAAUUCAUCCCUCCCUCAGGCUGCAAUUGGGAUAUUCAAUUCCAAUGUGCUCCCCAUCUUCUGCAGUGGCAAGAGAGAAGAUGAUGUUAAUAGAAUCAAAGAGAUCAAGUACUUUGGCUUGGGCUAUGGUUUCCCACUCCAGUACUACCCUUACUAUGGCAAGCUGCUACACCCUCAAUACCUCCAGCCUCUGGUGGGCAUCCAGUUCUUCAACGUUACCAGUAAUGAGGAGCUGCGUAUCGAGUGCAAAGUAUAUGGAGAGAACAUUGAUUACAGCGAGAAGGACCGUUAUCAGGGACGCUUUGACCUCAAACUCACGGUCAAGACCUCAUGACCUCAGCUAUGAAAAUAGCACUUUUACUCUGCCCAUUUUAAAACAUAAUUUAGAGAAUACAAAAGAGAAAUACAAGAGUUUGAUAAAACACAACUAGUCUUGAACAAACUUUCAUAACAUACAGGACCUACACUUAAUCUCUACGCUUUACACUAGCUUUCUCUGCAUAUGUCUAGGAUUAGAAUGUAAAUUACAGGAAGAGUAGCAAUAGCAAAGUAUUUAUUCUACUGUAAAUGAGAAUAUUCCUUGAGCCAUGGGACAUGUUCAUUCAUUACUGUAAAUUAUAAUUCCACUACUGAUGUAGCGAGCAGUGUUUCUGUCCCUGAGUAUUUCUGCCUAGCGUGGUCUCUUUCUUGCUCUCUCUUUGGAGUGUGCAGUGCAGUAGUCGCAUACAAUGGUCCUUUCCAAGCCAUGUUAGAAUUUGUCUCAUGCAAGUAUGCUUUGUGGUCCAAGGUGUAUGGUUGGCUGGCUGUCUGUGUGCGUGUGUUUAAGAAAAGAGAAUGAGUUUGUGUAUGUGUUUGCAUUUGUAUUUAAAAAAAAAAAAAAAAAAAUCCUGGCAUGGUACGCUCUGAUAUUCCCAGGUCCAUAUGUGAGGAAAUGACUGCACUCCGUGGAAUCCUUUCUCUCUCUCUUCUCUCCCCCCCCCCCCCCCCCCCCCCCCCCCCCCUUUUACAUCACCUUUUCUCUUUAUUUGAUCAUCUUGCAGUGUGGGAGUUUGGGGUUAAUGUUUAUGUAUGAGGCUUUUCCUUUUAAGUGUAGAACUGUAUGUAUCUAGACUGGAGGACUAUUUCUCCACACUAGUACGGAGGACUGUUCCUCCCUGCGGUCACCGUGGCAACUCAGUGCUUUAAUUUAAUUUUUUUUUUUUUUUUUUUUUUUUUUUUUUUUUUUUUUUUUUUUUUUGCUGGAGACAUCACAAUGUGGUGUAACUUUCUAAUGAAUGUUUUAGCCAUUUACAUGGUGGAAGAAUUUUAUAUUUAUGCAGUUGUACAAUUUUUUCUGCAGGAAAGAUGUGUAUUGUAUGAAUCAAAUACCAAAGUCGCUGGUCAAAGGUUAGAAACUUGUCAGAUACAAUGCAGUACCCCAUGUAAUAGGAUAUUUUGUCUAUCUAAAAAGUGCUUAAGUCAAUGCUGAACACCACACUUGUCAGGAGUUACAUCUGCUCUUGUCAUUUUAUUUAAUUCGGGUAAAAGACCUAAACAAAUAAAUGUACAACCACCAA